GUUUUAGCUGCUGAUGAUGAGCUCAGAAGUAAAGGAUCCAUUGAUAGCCGGGCCUCUGCUUCAAGUCUGGCACUUUCCCACUGCACCAUGUGGCGAGUUGAUGGAGUUUCCAAUCCAAAGUCAUCAGAUGUUAAAAUGGACUCUGGCUGGUCGAGGCUUGCUUUAGCACGCUUCUUUAGAUGCGAGUUCCAGAAGUUCUUGAUUUCAUUGUCUGUUCUUCCAGGUGAGGUUCGAACAGCUAGCAUUUGUUUGCGCGUCUUUACAUUACUUGGAUGAGACGAGACUUUAACGCCAGAGGAGGCGAACAAAUGUCAACGUGGCGCCAAUUUCCCUCCAAUUAGAUGGCAGAGGAAUGGUGAAGCUGACCAUAAUUGGGAGGGUGAGUGAUGGGUUGCCUCUUGCGCAAGGCCCAAGGUACGUUAACGAAGAAGAGAAUGACAGCUUCUCAACGUACAAGCAACAAGGAGAGUUCAUUCUCGAGGAAAUCUCAAGAGCUGCCCUCCCCCUUUCCAAUGCCAACAUUCGCAUUGAUCACCAUUGCUUCUACUAUAUAGUGGGGCAUGGAGUUUGUUUCAUGACCCUUUGCGAUUCAUCGUAUCCGCGGAAACUGGUACACUGCUAUCUGCAGGAGUUGGCUAAAGAAUUUGAGAAGUUUGAUACCAGCCUUGUAGAAAGAAUAACAAAACCAUACAGCUUCAUUAGAUUUGCAGGUAGUAUUAUUGGAAAUAUUAGAAGGCAGUACGUGGAUACUAGGACGCAGACAAAUUUGUCAAAGCUGAAUGCUAAAUCUCUGCAAAAUGUGGAUUUCGUGACAGAGGACUUCUCGCAGAUAGUGAAAAGAAGGAAAAGAUCCUACCUGCUAGAAAGAGCAACGGAAUCAUCGGAACAGGUUUCACAAAUCUGGGGUUCUAAAAAACUUGAGGUCAUUGCACUGAAAUGGACGCCAAUUACGAUUCUCUCUUUUGUUGGUGCAAUUCUUUUAUGGACCAGCUUAAUUGCCAGAGACGACCAGGGAGUAUAUGGAUACUAGGAGUGCUAACACGAGGCAAGUAUAAAGCUUUGGGGGAUUGCAGUUGAAGACAAUAUCAUGAUUUGUGUAACUUGUAUCCCGUUGAUGGCUCCUCAUACUGCCAUGUUUGUGUAUAGCAGCGUAUUCUUUUCUCUUACUUACCCAACGAACACUGAUGGAAGUAUUAACAAAUGCAUAAAGCAGUAUGUCUUGAGUGAGCAUUGCCCCUUAAGACAUUUACCCUGAAGUCCUCUCAUAUUAACUUUGUUGUAUAUACUAUAUAAUAGAUUCUGUAUUAGCAAUCUGCAAUUGCAGAUUUAGCAA